ACCGCCCAUCAUCAUAACAAACUGUAAUCAAAACAACCAACACGUGCGCGUAGAAUCGUUCCGUUUUAUACCACCCGCAUGUAGAAGCUGAAUGAAAACGGCGAAUAAAAUGGUUGCAGACAAAGCAGACGGUGCGUGCCAGCUGCACAAUGUGCAGUUUUACAAUCUGUUGCCACGCGCAAUCGUUUGCUCAGCGUUUGGACAGCUGCAGAAGAAGCUAGCCCAAGCAAGGGAUGACGGCACGAUCGAAAUCUGGAACAUGGCCAACGCCCCAUUCCUGGAAAAGACCAUUCCCGGCGGUGAAGGCAUCUCGAUCGAGGGGCUCGCGUGGGCCGGUAGCCGACUGUUCUCCGUCAGUCUCGCCGGCACGCUGAUCGAGUGGGACCUGGGCAAGAUACCGAGCGUUAAACAGUCCAUCCUGGUGACGGGUAAUGCGGCUUGGUGCAUCGACGUGAGCAAGGACGAACGUUUGCUGGCCGUUGGCACCGAGGGUGGCUACAUCAAUGUGUACCGGUUGGAUAACGACGAGGUGGCGUACGAGCGCAUUUUGGACAAGCAGGAAGGACGCAUUGUUUGCUGCUGUUUCGAUUGGACCGGCAACUUCCUGGUGACGGGGUCGGCCGAUGCAGUGCGCGUGUGGGACGUACGCAAUGGGCACGCCGUGCACAAGAUGACUACCGGGCGUUCGAACCGCAAUCAGGAAACGACCGUAUGGGCGGUACAGGUGAUGCAGGAUUUCACCAUCGUAUCGGCCGAUUCGCGGGGCAAACUGGUGAUAUACGACGGGCAUAUGGGCACGGUGCUGGAGCAACACGUCGUAUCGAGCGCCGAUUUGCUCUGUCUGGCGCAGGAUGUGGAACGAAACUGCAUCUUUGUCGGCGGUGUGGAACCAACGAUUCGUGUGUUUGAGCGCAUCAAAACAAGACACCACCACAACGGAGAUAAGCAGUUUGUGCGCGCGUACACCCGGCGCGGCCACACGCACGACAUUAAAACGAUGGUCGCGUCCGGACGGUACCUGUUUUCGGGUGGGCUGGAUGGAUCGCUGCUUGUCACGGCGUCACGACCCGUCACGGUCGACGUACACUUUCCGCUGCUACCUUCACCGUCCUCCCGGGUGGUGCGCGAUUGCCGAUUGAUUCUGUUGAAGUACGUCAACUAUCUGGAAGUGUGGACGUUGGCGCCGCCCAACAAGCCAGCCCAGGGCGGUACCAAGGUGUUGCAGAUACGUAGCAAAAACGACGAGCACAUCGUGUGUGCGGCAAUGUCCUCCAACGGCAGGUGGAUCGUCUAUUCGACGGAGCACACCGUUCGGCUGCUGCGGUACGAUUACAACCGGGAGGAACCGGUCCAAUCGCGGCUGCUGCGCGUUACCAACACACCGGAACAGCUAGCCGUGUGCUAUCGGACAGACUUUACGCCCGACUCGACCGGGCUCUUCCUGUUCGAUCGCACCGGCGAGGGAACGAUCAACUUCUUCAGCUGUACCGCCGGCGACAGUGAGGAGUGGGACCACAAGCAGUCGAUCGAUGCGGGCCGUUGGCUGUCGGAAAUGGUGCACCUGUCGGCCGUGUCCAGCUGCAACCGCUAUCUGGUGUGUGCCGACGUUGCCAGCUCGAUCGUCGUGUUCGAACGGACGGCGGAAUCAAAGUGGAAACGAUCGAUUUCGCUUCCGCGCUACAAACUACCACCGACGGCAUUCGCCAUCCAGCCGGGCCAGACACGUCUAGCGGUGGCCUUCUCCGACCACAAACUGUUUGUGUACGAUUUCGACCAGUUUACGUUCGUGUUUUCGACCUACGUGAAGCUUUCGGCGGCCGAUCAUUCGAUCGGUGGCAUCGCGUUCGAUCCUCGGCACGAGUCGGCGCUGGUGUUGCAAAACGGGCCGAAAAUACUGUCGCUUCGCUAUGGGCCCGAAAUAGAGGAAGAAAUGCUACAGCAUGAGGAACGAAGCUGGAACAAGCGACAGCGCCCGCUGAUGAACGGAUCGACGCAUGGAAAUGGUGGCGGUGGUGGUGGUGAGGGAAGCUUAACAAAAUACAAACUACGCACAGUGCGGGAUGCGCCACGGCUGGUGGCAAUUGAAUGGCUGGUCGAGAACGAGCUGGUGGCGACCCAAGCCAAUGCACUUUCGAUGGUCGAACACCUGCCGGCCGCGUUCCGCAAGAAGGCGUACGGCAAGAGGUAAAGCUCGAGCGCGUCUAUCCCCCGCCGAUGAAGGUAUAUUACAAGUGUUGUAACGUAUAUUGUAAUAAAAUCAAAUUAAAUGUUAAAACGGAAAACAACGAGAUCCGGUGACUGCAGUAGCAACGGGGAUUUGUAUAUAGAUUGUUUGGAAUUUUUGGUUUAUUUCCUCCAACAUCACCCGUUGCCAACCGGCACGGGUUGCUGCGAUACUCCGAUUUUCCUUUUUUCUAUUCGCAUACACACUCACACAACUCACUCACAUCCGCACAACUCAUUCAUCACGCCGGUACACGGUUCAUCGCCUACUACAGCUGCGAAGCACAGCUCUCAUCCGCCGUUCUGUCUGGAUUCCUUCUUAUUGUUCACCUCCGCUUUCUCGUCUUUCAAUUAGUAUUCUCUCUCUCUCUCUCUUAUCAAUAUUAAUCUGAUGAUUUGUAUGUUUCCAUGUGUGUGUGUAUGUAUGUGUUGUUAAUGAUAAGCUUUCUUCGCAUUUAAUAGCCUUAGCAGUUAGUAACUGGUUUUUCGAUGCUGUUGGUUGAUUCUUAUGCACUUUUCUUGUCCUUCCCACUACUAUAUUUCAUUACCUUCUCUUGCUUUUACCGUUUGUUUUUUCCGAUUACAAUAGUUUGAAUUACAUUCUUGACCUGUCCAUUUGUGUUUCUCUUUACAAUACCUACCUCCUUUCUCGUACACUAAAUGUGUAAAGUUAUUUUCAUAUCUUGUGCUUUGCUGCUCCUCUCUACUCCACCUUUUCCCACCAUUACUAACUGAGCCUUGUUUUCGAGUGUUUGUGGUUGUUUGCUUACUUUCGUUGCAUAACGAUAACAAUAUGAACGUGCGAGAAGAAGCAAUUUCCGCGACUGCUUUACUUCCGAGAAAAAAACAACAGAAAAGAUAAUCGAAAAGUGAGUAAAACAACGAGGAGAGGAACUGUUUUGCGUGGUUUUAUCAUACCAGGGCAUCCGGUCCGGGCAAGAAGUGCCGAACGAAUAAUCUCAUGUAUUAAAUUACGUUUAAAUUAGCUAUCUCCCUACCCUACCGGUUUGGGGGAGAAAGAAAAGGAAAGAGAGAAGAAGGCAUUUAAGGGUCGAAUAGUUUAGGUUUUUCUUCCUCUAACUAACACAUUACACGUCAAAAAACAGUCCAAAUAUUCAUCUCGUUUCUAAUUUGCUUACUCCAAUUCUGUACGGG